UGGAUAAAUGCAGGGAAGCACAGAAUGUAAUGAGAUGUUUGCUGGGUAGAGCUGAAAGGGUUGCAAUCAUGGCCCACAAUCCUAACCAGCAGGUGGCGGUAAUGCACCUAGAAGUUGUAUGCCAACCGCCAAUAAAACUCGUGAGAAGAAGAAUCCGCGUCGCCGCGAUGACUUCAGCACUGACGCGUUCAUUCAGCGUCGAGUCAACUGAGCUGAGCUCUGUGCCAUCUUCACUGAAAGACGAAGACAGUUUGUUGAAGAACAGUGAGAAGAUGAGUGAUCCAGAACCCUGCCUAAUUAAACAGGAAGACACUGAAGAAGAAAUAGCUCUGCCACCACCAGUGAAAGACGAAGACGGUUUAUUGAAGGACAGUGAGAAGAUGAGUGAUCCAGAACUCUACCAAAUUAAACAGGAAGAGACUGAAGAACAAAUAGAUCUGAUAGUGGAGGAGAGGGAAGUACUGAGUGAAGACGAGGAGAAACAUCGGGUCAAAGGUGAAAUCGAAAGUCACACAAAGACGGAACAUAGCUUAUUAUUGAAAAGACCAGCUAUAAAAGCUUUCACCUGCACUCGGUGUGCAAAAAGUUUCAGCUACAAAUGUGAUCUGAAUCAUCACAUUAGGAUCCACAACGGAGAGAAACCUUACAAGUGUUCACACUGCGACAAGAGAUUCAAUCGUUCAGGACACCUGAAAACACAUGAGAGGAUCCACACCGGAGAGAAACCGUACACAUGUGAUCAGUGUGGGAAGAGUUUCGUACAGAUAUCACACCUUAAUCAACACAUGAUUAUCCACAACGGAGAGAAAACAUACACGUGUGAUCAGUGCAGCAAAACGUUCCUCGUUUAUUCAGAGCUGAAGGAUCAUCUUAAAGUUCAUAAGAAUGAGACAAAGUCUCAUACGUGUCCUGAAUGCGGAAAGAACUUCAUAUGGCACUCAAGCUUAAAAAAACAUCAGAAGAUCCACACUGGCGUGAGAGAGUAUAUGUGCUCUGAGUGUGAGAAGACUUUCAUUACAUCUGGAGACCUGAAACAGCACCAGAAAAUUCACACUGGAGAGAAACCGUACAUGUGUUCACACUGCAACAAGAGAUUCAGUCAUGUAAAACCACUGAAAGUACACGAGAGAAUUCACACCGGAGAGAAACCGUACACGUGCACUCAGUGUGGGAAGAGUUUCAGACAGUCGGCGCACCUUAAUGAACACAUGCUGAUCCACAAUGGAGAGAAAACACACAAGUGUGAUCACUGCGGUAAAACAUUCUUGAGGCCUUCAGAGCUGAAGAAACAUCUCAGAGUUCAUACAAAGGAGAAACCGUAUUCCUGUUCUGUGUGUGAAAAGAGUUUUACACAGCAGUCGCAUUUAAGUCAACAUCAGAAGAUCCACACCGGUGUGAGGGAGUACAUGUGCUUUGCGUGCGACAAGACGUAUAUUACAGCUGGAGACUUGAAAAAGCACCAGAGGAUUCACACCGGAGAGAAACCUUUCGUGUGUUCAGACUGCAACAAGUCAUUUCGACAUUCAGGACACCUGACAGCACAUGAGAGGAUUCACACCGGAGAGAAACCGUACGCAUGCACUCAGUGUGAGAAGACUUUCAGACGACCAUCAAACCUCAAUGAACACAUGAUGAUCCACACGGGAGAGAGGCCACACAAAUGUGAGCAGUGCUUCCAAACAUUUUUGAGGCUUGCAGAGCUGAAGAAACAUCUGAGAGUUCAUGCGAAGGAGAAGCCACAAGGAGUUUUACACAUCGAUGACGUUUACCUUACUGAAAACUUCACUCCGUAUUCACAAACAUCAGAUUUCACUGUUCAAUAUGUCGACUAGCGAUGGGAAGUUCGGAUCAUUUACUGACUCGGAUCUUUGAGUCUCGUUCAUCAAGAUGAAUGAAUCUUUUUUACGAGUCAUUUUGGUUCAAUUUGCCAAAAUAGUAUUAAAAUGUUACAAAUUGCUUCCAAACACAUCUACAACUAGCCCAAAAGGUUGAUCACACGACAAAUAAGUCACAAAUACAAUACUAUAAGAUGGAGAAAAUAAUAAUUCAAUGUUUACCUGCUCUUUUGUCUAUGAAGGUAUUGUUGUCUCUUUGCUCAGCUCACCUCUUCGUGUCCUCAAAUGUCAGUGGUUCGUUGACGUUACACUGACAGUCACAUAUAUUCUUAACCAAUGUUCACAGUCUGGGCCGAUAGGAGCCAUGAUAAUAAGUUCACCUUUCAAGUUUUCUGGUUCUUGAGUCGUUCGUUCAUCACGUGACAGAAUGACUCG